AUGGCAAGUGGUUCUGGCGCCAUUCCUACCUUUCCCUCUGCACCCACCUCUUCCUCCUCUGACCCCUAUGCUGAUGGCCUCCGUACUGCCAUUGCUGAAACUGAGCGGCUUGUCGCCACUGCGCAAGCCACCGCCACUGCUGCUCCUGACAAUGCUGCUGCCCGUGACUUAGCUCGUAUUCUUGCUGAGUCCCUCAAGAGCACCCGCAAGCGCCUCACUGAGCACCUUGCUGCCCCUUCUCCUCGCUCUUCCUCUACGCCCCUUUCCUCUGCUCCAUCUCACUCUGACCUUCUCGCUGACUGGCAUGUUGCCAACGCACGUGCCUGCCAGGUCAUCCUUGCCCGCCUCCCUCCAACUCUUCUCCCUCAAUGCUCGCACAUCCGCUAUGCCAAGGACCUUCUCGGCUAUCUCACUGAGCGCUUUCAGUCACAGACUCCCAUCAACGUCAUUGCCCUCUUGCGCGAGCUCACAUCUCUUCAUCUUGCUGACUUCACCACCAUGGCAGACUACAUCGCUCGUGUGCACACGCUGUCCUCCCAACUUGCCGCUCAAAAGUUUGAACUUUCUGAUCAUGUCUGCGGUGCCCUUCUCCUCACGGGCCUCACUCCUGAAUACAGUGUUCAUGUCACCCUUGGGAAGAUGGGACUCCCCACGAAGGAUUCCCCAAAUGUGCACAACGCCGCGCGCAUGUGCGCCAUCGUGCGCAACUGGCUGAGGACCGCCAUCCUGCAGUGGGCUGGGCAGGAUGGUGGGCCAGUAUGGGUGGCUGAAGAAGAGGCAUGGCGGUAUAGCCCCGGCAAGCACUUCCACGUCUUCAUCAAGUACCCACCCUUGGAUGAAGUGAGGAAUUUGACGGUGGAGAUUGUGGGGGAUGAGAAGGAGGACAAUGACUUUGCAGAUGGUGAUACAAGCCUGGAUGGAGAGGAGGACGAGGACGAGGACGAGGAACUCUAG